AUCAGGGCUAGCAAGACGCCCCGUGGGAAGAAAUGAGUGAUUUUAACCCGCGCUCUACCCCCCUGCCCUCCCAACCAUUGGUCAGAGGCGCUGUGAGUUAGCUGGAGGGAAUUCGCAGAUCCUAGGCACCGGCGAUAGGCUCCGGGUCACCCCGGUCGGUGCAUUCCACCAAUAUAGAGGUAGAUGGCAGUGCAUGGCCGAUGAAGAUCGCCGCAUGACCCCUGUGACCUUGCGCAGACCAAGGAAUAUAAAGGUUCCACCUCGCCACCAUGUCGCCGCCGAGCACAGAACAUCAUCCCUUUGGCAACUUGCUGCAUCCUCUCGACUUGUGUUCGCCAUGCACUUUGAAGCCUAUAUCAAGAAGCUCACCAUCAUUCACACCGCUACGCCUGGGAAAGACACUGUUCAUCAGCUCCUGGCCUUCCGACAGAACGACGUCCUGCUCUCCCCCGAGAAGAACCCAGCGUACUCCCACCGUGGGAGCCACAAGGGUGGCAAAGAGCUCACCGAAGUCAAAGCUGUCAAGGGGGCCAAUCUGCAAACCGCAACUCAGCAGGAGCUUGACCGACAAGCAGCGAUAUUGAUCGAAAGUCUUGGGAAAGCCAUUGGGCAUGGGAUCGAUCACUUCACGCGGGAGGCCGUAAGACGACUCCAGAAUCACGACUGUAUCCUCAUUUACGAUACUAUCACCAUCAAAAAUCCCGAGGCAUGGGAGAUCAACAAGCCCAUCGAAUUCAAGACCCUCCGCGGCUUCCCUCAGGCCAGCAUUGGUCACCCGGAAUACGCACUAGAUCUCGUCGUCGUGAGGCACACCUAGGUAAAUUGAUGGAGGAAGAGAGACCCCCGUCUCUCAUCACCAUUUAUCCUCGUCUUCAGACAUGAGUAGACUCAGAAUCUGUUAGUGAAUGCCAAAGUCAGUGUCAAAUGUCAACGUCUAGUGCUCUGCCACGCGACGAUGCCGUAAUUCCCAGAAUUUCCAGACAUUCUCCGGCCGAAAUCCUCACUC